AUGGGUUGCUGCAAUGGUGCUGCAGGAGUAGAAGGUAAAUUAGAAGGGAGUGAAGCUGGACUAGAGAGUCCAGUGCAGACCACAAGGGGAAUAAUCGGCAAUGGCGGUGCUAAUCUCAUCAUCGUCGCGUUCUUCUCAUCUGAUUCUCCACCGUUUCCUCCAACCACCGCCACCACCUCCCUCCUCCUAUCUUCUUCCCUCUUCAAACCCAUCACCGCCAUUCGCCGCCACACGCCGCCGCAGCUUCUCACUACCUCCUUCACUUCUCUCCCGCCCUCUCUUUCUCUCUCACCCCAUCAACCACCUCUUCUCUCCCCUCCUCACUCUCUCUCUACCUCCCAACCAACCCUCGAACCCAAAAUCGAAGACCAACUCGAUGAUAAUGAUGAUGAUGACGACGAUGGUGAAUUUGAGAUUGGCAAAGGGGAUUUUGAAUCGGAAGAAGAAGAAGAAGAGAUUGUUGGGGACGUAGAAGAGAGGGCUUUGAAUCCUUCGCCUUUGAAGUUGCCGAGUCUUAGUGUGAAGGAAAAGAAAGAGCUGACUUCGUAUGCUCACGGCCUCGGGAGGAAGCUCAAAACUCAACAGGUGGGGAAGUCGGGUGUGACUGAUUCUGUUGCCACGGCUCUGAUUGAAACCCUAGAGGCCAAUGAGCUUCUCAAGCUUAAAAUACACAACUCCUGUCCAGGGGAGUUAGAUGAUGUGGUGAAGCGAUUACAGCAAUCAACUGGGUCCGUGGUAGUUGGUCAGAUUGGCCGGACCGUGAUUCUGUACAGGCCCAGCCUGACCAAAUUGAAGGCAGAGGAGAAAAAGAAACAGGCUCAGAGAGUUUUCCGGAGAAAACAGCAGGCAUUCAAAUCCUCAUUUGAGAAUAAAGGACAACUAUCAAGGCUAUCUGGUCAUGGUCGCCGGGGAAGUAGCAGAUUCUCAAGCUCCCCCUGAUAUUUGGCAUGUCUUACUCCACUGAAAAAUGACUAUUAUCUGAAAAGUUUGUGAAUGAGGAUACCCAUUUGAUGUCUCUGCAGCGAAGCUCAAUGUCGAUGCUCCAAAAACUUAAAAGAUGAAGCGGUUGGGAAGAAUUACAAAUGUUGUUGAAGCUAGAGAUUGUAACUGUGUUUGACAGAAGCUGCCUUCAAGAAAUAACUGCAUUUUGAUUAUGCUUUUUAUUUUUUGGGUGCUUCUGUAUGUAGCAGAAAUCAGGGAAGCAAUUGGCAGGGAUGGACAGUUGCCCCUAAAAUUUUGAAUACUUCUCUUAUUAUUAAUAAUAUUAAUUAAAAUUAUUUUCAAAUUA